GUCUUGAAAGCGAGAGCGGCGUUUCUUUCCAACUAUGAGGUUUAUGCGCUCUUGAAAGAGAUGGAAGGCAAACAACUAGAACAAACUCGCGCGUUUAUGGCAACGAAGAAAGAGGAGAAUCUCGAAGACCAGUACAAGGGGCCUAAUUAUGUCGUACCAGAGGACGUAGCAGAAAAUGUCAGAACCAUACAAGUCGAGCUCUUACAAUAUUUGAGUGGGGAGCAUCUUCCUACAUCAAGACAGAGCGAAGAGUCUGUCGCACACUUGACCAAAGGCCUACGAGGUUAUGGCUUGACAAAAGCAGAGAAGCUUCAGAUCAUCAAUCUCUGUCCACAAAGCGUGCUGGACCUUUACGUGAUAGUCGAAGAAAUGGAAGCGCGUAUAGAAAACAAGAGUAACCAAAUUUUGGCAUUGGUACAGGAUAAACUGUCCGACCAGCCACUCUUCCUCCCCGAGGAGAGCGGCACCGCCAACAAUGGGGCCGAAGCAGACGAGCCUGCCGCAGAAGAAGAGGAGGGAGCAGAUAUGUGGGGUGGUGAGGAGGUCGGUCAAUACCUGGAAGAGGAGUUUGAAGAAGGUGGUGAUGACUUUGAGCCCAUGCUCGAGAUAGAUGAGGUCGCAGAACCACAAGAUUAG